ACCUGCUCUUAGCCGCAGGCCGCCCGCUCACUUCCCGCGGAGGCGCUGCCGGGCGCCGCGCAGCGCGGCCGCCUCCCGUCCCCGGCGCUGCCCCCUCCCGCCGUGCCACCGCCACCGCCUCCGCCGCGCACGCCGCGCCCCGCAGCGACCGGCUUCCUCUUCGCUGGGGUGGCGCUGGGCCCUCGAGCGCUCUGGUGACCGCCGCGGCCCCGCGCCCCUCCCCCGCUGCCGCGCGCAGCGCACCCGCCCGUCGCUCCGCACAGGGUUGGAUGGUUGCGCCGGGCAGGGUGACUCCAGGAUGUUAGGGACUGUGAAGAUGGAAGGGCAUGAGAGCAGCGACUGGAACAGCUACUACGCGGACACGCAGGAGGCCUACUCCUCUGUCCCUGUCAGCAAUAUGAACUCCGGCCUGGGCUCCAUGAACUCCAUGAACACCUACAUGACCAUGAACACCAUGACCACGAGCGGCAACAUGACACCGGCUUCCUUCAACAUGUCCUACGCCAACCCGGGCCUAGGAGCCGGCUUGAGUCCCGGUGCUGUGGCCGGCAUGCCCGGGGGCUCUGCAGGCGCCAUGAACAGCAUGACGGCGGCUGGCGUCACGGCCAUGGGUGCAGCGCUGAGCCCGGGAGGCAUGGGCUCCAUGGGCGCGCAACCCGCGGCCUCUAUGAACGGCCUGGGCCCCUACGCAGCCGCCAUGAACCCGUGCAUGAGCCCCAUGGCGUACGCGCCGUCCAACCUAGGCCGCAGCCGCGCCGGGGGCGGUGGCGACGCCAAGACGUUCAAGCGCAGCUACCCGCACGCCAAGCCGCCUUACUCCUACAUCUCGCUCAUCACCAUGGCCAUCCAGCAGGCGCCCAGUAAGAUGCUCACGCUGAGUGAGAUCUACCAGUGGAUCAUGGACCUCUUCCCCUAUUACCGUCAAAACCAGCAGCGCUGGCAGAACUCCAUCCGCCACUCGCUGUCUUUCAACGACUGUUUCGUCAAGGUGGCACGGUCCCCGGACAAGCCGGGCAAGGGCUCCUACUGGACGCUGCACCCGGACUCCGGCAACAUGUUCGAGAACGGCUGCUAUUUGCGCCGUCAAAAGCGCUUCAAGUGUGAGAAGCAGCCGGGGGCCGGAGGCGGGAGCGGGGGCGGCGGCUCCAAGGGUGGCCCCGAAAGCCGUAAGGACCCCUCCGGCGCAGGUAACCCCGCCGAGUCGCCCCUUCACCGGGGUGUGCACGGAAAGGCUGGUCAGCUAGAGGGCGCGCCGGCCCCCGGGCCCGCCGCCAGCCCCCAGACUCUGGACCACAGCGGGGCCACGGCGACAGGGGGCGCUUCGGAGUUGAAGUCCCCAGCCUCUUCCUCGGCGCCCCCCAUAAGCUCCGGGCCAGGGGCGCUGGCAUCUGUACCCCCGUCUCACCCGGCGCACGGCCUGGCACCCCACGAAUCGCAGCUGCACCUGAAAGGGGACCCCCACUACUCAUUUAACCACCCUUUCUCCAUCAACAACCUCAUGUCCUCCUCGGAGCAGCAGCACAAGCUGGACUUCAAGGCGUAUGAGCAGGCGCUGCAGUACUCUCCCUAUGGUACCACCUUGCCCGCCAGUCUGCCCCUUGGCAGCGCCUCAGUGGCCGCAAGGAGCCCCAUCGAGCCCUCAGCACUGGAGCCGGCCUACUACCAAGGUGUGUAUUCCAGACCCGUGCUAAAUACUUCCUAGCUCCCAGGACUGGGGGUUUGUCUGCAUGACCAACCUGGUAGCAGGAGAGAAAAACCAACGGCAAACGUAACCACACAACACGAAAACCAACCACAUAACAAAAAUCCCAACUCUUUAUUUUUCAUGCACAAUUUUCCUCAGUGCAAAGGACUGUUACUUUUAUUAUUGUAUUCAACACUUGUUGUGUGUAUUAUUACAAAUACAACCAACUCCAUAUCAACAUUUUUUUUCCUGCGAAGAUUAAUAAUGAUCCAUAAAUGUAUAUAAAGAAAAUCUUCCUCCUUCCUUGCCCUCGUCCCCGUUCAGUCUUUCCCCCCGUGGGCACAUCCUAGUCUGUGCAGGGCUUAUUUAAAAAAGAAAAUGGUCAAGUCUGUAAACUAUUUGUUUGUGCUUUUUUUGUUGUUUGUUGUUGUUGCUGCCCCUCCUUACCUAGGCCCAUCACAAGAGUUUACAGGUCUGUGGCAAUACUCUUAACUCAGUAAAGAAAGGAACAGACAGUAAGGGCUCUUGAGAGUACAGAAAGGCAGUACCUGCCAUGAUGCCACGGUAAGGUAUAAACAGGUUACAUACGUGAGAGCCGUUUGUUUUCAGCUUACAUUCCCCAUGCAUUCAGAUAGCGGAUGCCUUUCAAUGAAAUACACAUAUAUAUAUAUUGUCUGUGGACUUAGUCACACUCACACACGAAGACCUCGUCCACUUUUGCAUAACAUGUAGAGGUAAUAUGUAGGUAUUAGACGCGCAACAUUUUCAGAAAUUGCCUGACCAAGUUACAAGGAUCCCCUCCACGCUCGUUUGUCUUCUCUACCCGCACAUGACCCCCCCCCCGCCCCGAACCAAUUCCCUCCUAACUCUGCUCCUUGCUCUGCAGAGUGCCAUGGCCAUCUCAUUCUGAGGUCACAUGUAUAAAAUUAGCUUUUGUGUAUGUAUACCAUUUAAAGGAUACCCCGCAGGGAAAAAAAAAGGAAGUAUAUUAUUGAGGAGAGAGAAGUUAUAAGAGACACAUUGCAAAAUCGUGUCCCACGUUCCAAAGUCCCCGUUGUGGCCAUUUUAGUUCUUGCCAGUCACACGCUCCCUUCAUCCAGUGUUAACGCACUUUCCACAGCUGGACGCGGUGUUAGUCCUUAGACAAGCGGGUUCCACUCUGAUUCCUCUUCGCCUCCUCAAUGUUAAUUUAUUGCAUGUUUUCUCCCGUUCCUUUACAGCUGAGAUUGCUUUAAAUGAUGGUUAAAAUUACAAAUUUAAAAAUGUUAAUUUUUAUCAAUGUGAUUGUAAUGAAGAUACUUUGAUUUAAGUAACUAAAAUAAUACAAGAUUUUAAUCUGUGGAAUAUGUUCCCGAUCAUUUGCAGUUAAGGAAUUUAAAUAAAUCAGAUGUUAACAACAAAGAAUUUCUGUCAUUUUCCUUCACUUAAAGUCCAAAAUAGAUCUUUAAUUUAAAUCCAAAAUAGAUCUUCUGAAUAGGAUAUUUUUCAGAUUCUUGUAUUUAAUAUAAAUAAAAAUGGUUUCAUCUACAGCUUAAGCGAAUGUGUAACGAGUAAAAUGUAGUGAAAGAAAUUCAAUUAAAGUAGGCAGACAACCUACUUUAUCUACUUUAUUUACUUUAUUCCUACUUUAUUCCAAGAACUGAUAUUUUUAAAAUUUCUUAUUCUCAGUAAUGUUUACUUUAGUUUUUAUGUGGGGGUGGGACAUGGGGUUUUUAAGCUUUCGAUGUCUCUUUUUAGGGUGUUUUUUUUUCCUCGUUUGAAAUCAAAUUAUUAAUUCUCUAUUUUUUCUAAUUCGAGGGGUUUUUGAAUGAGAAGAAAAUAGCAGCUGUGGCUGUUAAAAUUAAGUUAUCUACCGGAGACUCUGAACCCUCCAAUUAAAGGAGAAACAAAACUUAGCCUAUCAUGGUCGGUUUGGAGGGUGGGGAGGAGGGCAGUUAAUUCAUUCCUGCGGGGGAAGCUUUGUGAGUGUUUCAGGGUAGCUGCUGUUUUGUGUUUUGUGAAGAUAUUUUUGAAAUAUUGUUUCUAAGAACUUAAACCUGAUGAUUUGUUUGUCUUGUAAGAAGCUUUGAAAUGCAACUUCACCCCCCCCCCCAUAGUGGCUUGAGAUCACAAAAUCAUUAAUCUCCUUUGAUAGUAGGCUCACUUUCCAGUCCACCUAUUUCUUUGUAAGGCUUGUUCGGAUUGACACCAACAAUAACAGCAGCACCAGCCCGAGUCGAGGCUGGCCUGCCAGAGCCCUUGUGUGUGAACUCCAUCCUCUCCAGGGCUUGAACUUGGGCAGUCUUUACUUUGAUCGCAGCACUCCACGGCACAGACAAGAUAAAAAGAGCCGUGCCAGUCGCUUAAUUAUC